GUUGCGCGAGGCCAUGUGAUUUGGUGGGGUCACGUGACAUCUUUGUUUACAUUUUUUGUACGCAUUAGUUUUUUAACAGUUUUCUAAGAGAAGAACAACGUUUUUGGGUUUUUUAAAAAGUUUACAUAUGAGAAGGAUAACACGACAUUGGUUGCCAUGACGAAAAUAAUUGAUCAAAUAGUUUUAUUGGUCCAUAUAAACUUAUUUAGCAGAUUAUUGGUAUUGUUUUAAAAAAUCACAAAGACAAAAAAAUUAAAUAAUUGUAAAAGAAUAAACGAGGCGUGUGAGAUAAUUAUUUUCUAAAUUUGAUAACUUUAGCGAUAAGGUGAUCUCGCAGUAAAGCAUAGGCUAAUAAUCAAUAAACUUCCGCUUAAAAUAUCACGCAGCUGUCUUUGCUUAAAUAAAUUCCUGUCUAAAUGUGUCUUUAGGAAAAUAAAAUACCGUUCCAGCAGGAGGAAGGUUUUCGAUUUUCGAUUAUUAACGUAGAAAAAGUAGUAUUUAUCACCGAUUGGGACAGAAGUAAUGACUGAGUGAUAGGGGAGACAUUUUCGGUGUCAAAAAUAUACGUUAAAAUGAGUAUCCAUACGGAAGAAACAGAGCUGUUACUAUCCGGCAAAAAAGAUGUCCCCAAUUACACAACCGAUGAACUUGUUCUUCCAGAAACACGAGUUCUACAACGCUCGUUAAAGUUCAAACAUGCAUUUGCAUUGAUUCUGGGAAGCUUAAUUGGAUCAGGCAUGUUCGUUUCGCCAGCACUUGUAGCGCAAAGAUCUCCAAAUAUGUUUACCGCUAUAGCGAUUUGGAUGUUGGCAGGAGGCUGUGCACUUCUGGGUUCGCUUUGUUACAGCGAGCUUGCGUCAAUCAUAAAAAAGACUGGCUCAUCUUAUAUCUUCGUAUUUGAAUGUUAUGGUGAUGUGAUGGGGUUUGUGAUCUUGUGGUCUACCAAUCUUAUUACUGCACCAUUUGAUAUAAGUAUCUUAUCGUUAACAUGUGGUUUGUACGCAUGCGCACCGUUUUUCUCAGAUCACACAUCAACUACGUAUAUUUGGACCUCAAAAGUUGUUGCACUAGUUGCCUUACUGUUCACCAUUAUUGUUGCUUGUUUCGGUCUGAAAGCAUCAGGAAAAGUUCAAAUGUUUCUGAGUGCUGCUCAGUUCUCUGUUAUUGCCUUUAUCGCCGGUUUAGGUGUAUACCAAGUUAUCCACACGGGUGAUGCACCAAAUCUUCGCCCAAAUGUUAUGUUCAAUAAUACACUGGAAGGUCUAAAAGAUGUAGGCUCGCUUGGAUUAGCUAUGUUCAACGCCUUGUUUGCAUAUGAUGGGUGGUUGUUCAUUGCAAGUUUUGUUGAAGAAGUCGAGAAACCAAGUAGGACUAUACCAUUACUGUCAUUUACUGUGAUGCCUUUGGUAACUUUAUGCUAUGUGUUGGUGAAUAUAGCUUGUCUGACAGCAUUAACUAAGGAAGAGAUGGCAAUUUCUCCUGUUGUCAUUAGUACCUUUGGUGAGAAAGUUGUAGGCAAAGCCAUGACUUACGUUAUACCUAUAUUGGUUUCAAUAUGCUGCAUUGGCAAUUUAAAUGGAUUAUUCUACUUCUUGCCGAGAUCUAUUUUGUCAAGUGCGAGAGAGGGACACUUUCCAUCGGUGUUUGCAAUGAUCCACAAGAAGUCAUCAGCUCCUAUACCUGCGAUUUUAUUUAUUGGAUUUAUUGGUUGUUUGGUGACGUUGUUUUCAAGGAAUAUAGAAACAGCAAUGUUUUAUUUUAAUUUAUCAUUGUGGAUCGGAUAUGGUGUAACGAUAUCUACAGUGAUAGCUUUUAGAUAUAAAUAUCCUAGUAAAGAACGAACGUAUAAAACGUGGAUCUCAACCCCCGUCUUUAUGGUAGUACUUUCGGUUGCGUUAGUUAUUGCUUCAGCCACAAAAGCACCGAUUAGUGCUGGUAUAUGUUUAGCCUUCAUGUCAAUAAGUUUUCCUUUGUAUUUCGCAUGUAUACGUUGGAACUGGUUUGCGUUUUUAAAAUUGGAGAAACUUUGUUUGAAACUGUCACGAUAUACACCGUUGGUGAAAUGUGUUGUGGAGGACGAAGAAGAUUAAUGAAGUGAAGUGAGGAAUCGAAAGCAAAAAAAUACUUAUUAUAACAUUUAUUUCCUUGUAAUUAUUUCCAUAUCUUUACCUUAGUUGAUUAGUAGGGUACAUAUGUAAUGUUAUGUCGAUCUUUUAAGUGAUUAUCACCUUAAUCUGGGAUUUCUUGCGGCUAAACACGCUUUUUUUCCAAAAAUAUUUGAAAAAGGUCCCCACAAAAGGAUUUUUUUACAGUAAAAAUUUGUAGCUAUUACUGAUAACGUCAAAGAAAACGCAACAGCUAUUGUGUUACGGAAAUUAUAAUCGAUAUACUUUUAAAGGUCCGAUCAAAUCCAGUAUUGAACCUUUUUGACUGUUUUAAAGGCUGAGUGCCACUUUUUUAUAAAACACGCUGUUACAUAAAGUGUGUAUAGUAAAAAGAAUAGUAAUUGUCUGGUGCGAUGACAAAGCUAUCUUCCUUUUUGUGGUAAUAUUGUUUUGCUUUUUUCCGUCAAAAGUAUAGACCGACUAAAGUUUCGAACAGACUAAUCUAUCUAUUCUAUUUUUGCAGUAUAUGUAUGUCGUGUGGAAGGUAUAUUUUAAAUAAUUAUGCAUCUUCGUUGUUCGUUGAACACACUUAGAUUCUUCGGAUCUGGUGUAACCGUAAAUAAUUACUCCCUGAAAAAAGUACUCUCCCAGUAAUAAUUUCCUUAAGUUUGUUUGUUUUUCUAUUCUUUAAAGCUCUAAUAAUCUAUUAUUUAUUUCAUUUAUGAAUUUUUAAGUUCAAGCAGUUCAUGUUUUCAAGAUUUUAUAAAAUUUCAAGCUUUGAAAAGUUUUUUUCUCUCGUGAUUUGUUAGCUAUAGUAUUUUGUUUUUAAACUCAAAACCGAUUGUGCAUUUUUGUAUUUGUUAAAUUUAUUUUCUAUUUAUUUUAUUACAGUUUUUCGUUGUAAGGUUACUACCUUCCAUAUUAUGAGAAAAUGAUCGUGAAAUGAUUAUUCUAAAGUCAAGUUCAGCUGCAUAUAUACCAACCAUUUAUAAGAAACAAUUAAAAUCAUUUGAUUCUGAAAGCUUUUUGUAUUGACACUUUUUUAAACAACUCUUGCUUCUUAUAAAAACUUGUAUAUAUAUAGAUUCUAUUGGUCCCACUGAAAAAGAGAAGCCAGACCCACCCCACCAGAUUUUUAACUCUUUCGGCAUUCCACUGUAAGUUCUCUUAAUAAAUUCUUUUUGUAAACAGCAUUAUAAUGGUCAUUUUUUUUUUAUUUAUUAAGAUAGGGUAGUGAGAAUUUCCUGCGGGGUGUAAUAAUUUUCUGGUAAAUAGAUAGUCCCGGGAGUAACAAUAUCCCGGGAUAUAAGUACUGGGGAGUACUUAUUUCCUAGUAAAUUAUUACUGGGGAAUAAACUUUUAGGGGAGUAUAUUUUACAGUGACACCGGCUUAGUUGUCUUUACUGUCAUGACUGCCAUCAGAUUACUCGUUACGUUUGCAGUGCAAAUAUUGGCGGUUCAGCUUUGACACAAAAUUUUUGCGUUUUGCGGGAAAUUUUUCGCUGGAGAGGGACUCUUUAGUUUUAUAAGUUUUGUGUUAUAACAGCAAACCAAUUUUCAGAGACCAUUUGAUUUUGUUUUAAAACUUUCUAAAUUUUCCAAAAACGUUUCCUCCACGUACCUUCCUUUCCUUAAAGCACAGAAAUAUUUUUAACACCUCAGUAAUGCGGGAAAACGGAAAGUUUCA